AAUAAACUUUUUUUUUUGGUGUUGUACGAAAUAAUAAAUGAAUAUAGACUCAGCAUAUAUGUUAAUAUCUAUUUUUCUCACAUUGAUGUACAUUAUUUCUCAUGCUUUUGUUACUAGUACUACUUGUAACUUAUGUAAUAGCUUACUUUUUCCGUAUAAUACACACACGCCAAUUCUCUGUCUUUCGAAACCGAACAAAACAAAAAUAACUAAAUUUUUUAAACUUUAAAAUCCUAUUUGUUGAAAUAAAUAUAACUGUUUAUUUUUGUAAAAU